AUGGAGCAGGGCAAAGCUACAAGACAGGAUCUUGAUCAAUGGUGUGAAGAACUAAUCAAAGAAGAGUUUGGCGAGGAAUGUAAUUUUGAUGUGGAUGAUGCUGUUGAGAAAUUAGAGAAAUUGGGCAUUGUUACUCGGGAUUCUGUUGGUCGGUAUCAAUGUGUUGGGCUUAAACGGGCUAACGAAAUCAUUGGCACCACCACUGAGGAGCUUGUCCUUAAGGCAAGACAGGGAAACAUGUCUCCUUGA